AUGGUUCAUCGCAUCAGAUCGCAUUUCGUAUUAGAGGCAGGAGCCAACACAAAUAUUAAGAAGAAGAAGAAGGUUGCAGUACCUUAAUAACUAUAACGGAGUAAAAUAACAAUUUUUAAUAUUCUAGGAGUCUCUCAAAUGGCCUCAGCUGCGAUGUCACCAACUGACGAUGACGAGCUUACACUUCCUCGUGCAUCAAUUAACAAAAUAAUCAAGGAGAUCUUGCCUCAUGUGCGAGUUGCAAACGAAUCUAGAGAGCUUAUCUUGAACUGCUGCACGGAAUUCAUUCACCUGCUGUCCUCCGAGGCAAAUGAAAUUUGCAAUCAACAACAAAAGAAAACUAUAAAUGCGGAACAUGUUUUACAAGCGCUCGAGAAAUUGGGCUUUGGUGAUUACAAUGCAGAGGCAGAAGCUGUAUUACGAGACUGCAAAGCUGUAGCGGCUAAAAGAAGACGUCAAAGUACCAGAUUAGAAAAUUUGGGAAUUCCAGAGGAGGAAUUAUUACGGCAACAGCAGGAGUUAUUUGCUAAAGCAAGAGAGGAACAAGCAGUUGCGGAACAGCAACAGUGGCAACAAUUACAAGCUGUUACACAAAUGGCAUCUAUGCAGCAAGGUGACAGUGAGCAAGAAGAUUAUUCAUAAAGAAAUUCAAAUGAUGAAACUUGUUUGCAAAGACAUAUUGUUUUUUACUUGAAAUAAAAUAUUUAGAAUAAAACAGAGAG